AUGACCGACCUCUCCAUCUACGACCAUGACAAGACCCUUUACCUCUUCACCUCGCUCACAGCGGGCUCCUCGCACAUCAUAACCGCGACCUCGCGCAUCGAAACCAUACUAAAGGCGAACAAGAUUCCGUUCCAGGGCGUGGAUACCGCGACGGAUGAGCUAGCGCGGAAGCUCUACGGGCGCCGGGCGGGGGGCAGGAAGCUACCACUCCUAGUAAAGGAGGGCUAUGUGAUUGGCGAUCUUGCGGAGGUGGAAGAGUGGAAUGAGUUUGGGGAGCUGAAGGAGGCGAUUGGGGAUGUCGAGGCGCCCAAGGGCGCGGGCUCCUCGACGGCGGCAGCUCAAGCAGCGCCAGCAACGAAGUCGUCCUCCACUGCCACCGCUGCAACUCCCGCAAGCACAAGCGCAAGCGUAGCAGGAGCAGCACCAGCACCACCUCAAAACAAAGAGAACGCCCCUCCCUCCCAACAGACUCUCGCGAUGCGCCAACUCUCCACCGAAGCCGCGGCCGUCGGCGCCUCGAAGCAGAAAUCCACAUCUACCCUUAAACCCCAACAACCCACGUCCGCACAACCACCCUCUGCAGUCCCAAAAGAAGCCCUCCCCGCGCCCGCAGCCGGCGACCCGAACCCGACGUCGCGCCGCAGGUCGAGCAUACCGGCCCCGCCUGAGGAGAUAAAGGCGGUGGAGGAUGCGUUGGCUAUCCCCGAAGAGGAAGAGGAAGAUGACGACGAGGAGGAGGGUGAUGAUGAGGACGAAGAGGACGACGAUGACAACGACGAUGACAACGACGAUGAGGAGAAGGUGGGUGCUCAGCGGGCGGACGCUGUUGCUCCCUCAACGGCCUUAGGCACGGGAUCUAGGAACGUGGAGGGAGACAAGAAGGGCGGGGAUGCAGCGGCGCCGGAGAAGGCGGGGGAGAGCGUUCUUGAUUGA